AUGUGCCUGCCGUUGCCAGUACAGCCCGAGGAAACCCCCUGGGGUGUCCAUUGCAAAGAAUAUAGCUCAGACUACAGCCUCGAGAAAUGGCAGACUCACUGUGGUGAUGGCAGCUGUGUGGGCGUCCAGCACAGAUGCAUGCUCGUGGUCUUGCAGUCUCAAUGGAUGGAAGAAGAGGCAGCAGGAGCAGCAGUCACAGCAGGUCCUCCAUGCUCGGUGGUGUAUCCGAGUCUGAACGGCACCAAUGGUGGACACCGAGUGCUCCGCCCCCCGGUCGCUAAGCAACCAGCCCCGGAAGUCGCGAGUCGGGCGGCCCCGAGAGCGGGCGAAGAUGCGGAGGGCGGCCGCGCGGAGCCGGAGGAGCAGGAGAGGGGUCCUCGAGCACGGCCCCCGAGUGCGCGGACUUACAGUGCUUGCCUUGCAGGACUGUAUGAAGAGGAAGUGAAAUGCAAGUCUUCCACUGACAGACCUACAGCUGCAGCCUUUAAGAGUCCGCGGACACUGCCCAUCGGUGAGCUUUAUUCAGGUGAACAGGAAUAUGGUGGAUUACAUAUAGUUCAACCUCCAACUGGGAAAAUUGUGAAUGAACUUUUCAAAGAGGCAAGGGAGCAUGCCGUCCCUCUAAGUGAAGCUACAAGAUCUUCAAGUGAUGACAAAGCCAAGUCAUUUACAGGUGGAGGAUACAGAUUGGGCAGUUCCUUCUGUAAGCGUUCAGAGUACAUCUAUGGAGAACAUCAGCUGCAAGAUGUUCAAGUUUUGCUGAAGCUGUGGAGCAAUGGUUUUAGUUUAGAUGAUGGAGAAUUGAGACCUUACAAUGACCCAACAAAUGCUCAGUUUUUGGAAUCUGUUAAGAGAGG